AUGCGAGUGCUGGUGGGGAUGGGAACCCCAGUGCUCCCGUGGAUGCUGGUGCUGCUGGUGAUGUCCCACUUGGCCCAUGCAGCCAUCCUGGAGGUGAACGGGAACCUGAGCUGUAGGUGCGUGAAGACGGCGUCAGAAUACAUCAGCCCCAAGAAGUACGAGAGCAUCGAGAUCAGGCCCGUGGGGAGCACCUGCAGGCGCACCGAGAUCAUAAUUAAAUUAAAAACCCUGGGGAAGGUGUGCGUGAACCCCGACGCCCCCUGGGUGAAGAAGCUGCUGAAGCGCAUCGCUAGCACGAAGAAAAAAUAA